AAAAGAAUCCUCCGUGAACGAACAUACAAAACUGAUGCAACGGGAUAAAUUAAUUGAGUUUCGUUAAGAAAAAAACUUCUUCACUAUGAUUUAAAUUAAAUCCAUAUAAAUAAUUAUCUACAACAAUAUUAUAUGAAUGAAAUACAAAAUACAAAAAAGAAUUUAUUAUCUCUCCCGAUGAAUACUGACAAGUAAUUUAUUGCAAAAAAAAAAAAAAAAAAACAUAAAAAAAGCAUUUGGUGAAAAAGUUGUGUUUUUUGUUUUUUUUGUUUUCCUUUUGGUAACGUUUACAACAUUUUGAAUCAGUGAAGCGAGCUAUAGAUAGAGAAAAUAAUUUUAUUAUCAGCCUUUAAUUGUGUUUCAAUAUCGAUUGUUGUAAUAAAGUGAUAAUUGCUUCAGUAGAAAACGAUUAUGCAGGAAGAGCAAACACUUUUGUUAACGUAAAUCCUAAUAAGAUAAGAUAUAAGUGUCCUGUGUACCACCAUUAACCACAUUAACAACAACAUACAAUUUUCGUUUCGUUCGGCCAAGUGAAGACAAUUGCUAAGCCAAUCAGCUGCAAUGACAGAAAUCAUUGAACUUAAUGUUGGUGGCGUUCACUACACCACCACAAUGGAUUCUUUGCUUCAGGAUAAGUCAUCGCUUUUAUGCGAAAUGUUUAGUAAAAAGGACGAUUUACUUAAGGAUGCCAAAGGACGUUACUUUUUGGAUCGUGACGGUGUCCUAUUUCGUUACAUUUUGGAUUAUUUACGCGACAAGCAACUCAAUUUGCCCGAAGGAUUUCGUGAAAAACAGCGCCUUCAAAAGGAGGCGAUGCACUACAAAUUGAACGGUAUGCUGGACUGCAUGCGUAGGGAACGUGAAUCGCGUACACCCGGCUGCAUAACCAUCGGAUAUCGUGGCAGUUUUCAAUUCGGUAAAGACGGUUUGGCCGAUGUCAAGUUCCGCAAACUAUCACGUAUCCUGGUGUGCGGUCGUGUGGCAUUAUGUCGCGAAGUAUUUGGCGACACUCUUAACGAAUCACGCGACCCCGACCAUGGAGGCAUUAACCGUUAUACAUCACGUUUCUUUCUGAAGCACUGUUUCAUUGAGCAAGCCUUUGAUAUGUUGCAUGAGCAAGGCUUUCGAAUGGCCGGCAGUUGCGGUUCGGGUACAGCCGGCUCAGCGGCUGAACCUAAGCCCGGAGUGGAUGCCGAAGAGAAUCGAUGGAAUCAUUACAAUGAGUUUGUUUUCAUACGUGAAUAAACUCCAUUUUUUUUUUUUUUUUUCUUGCAAGCAUAAAUGUCAUAAAAUAUGAGCUGACUUUGGUAAGAUGCACGUAAUUGAACCGCUCACUCGGAAACUUUAGCCAAAAAAAAAAAAAAAAAAGGAAAAAA